CAUGUCAGAUGAGCAAUGGGGGCUCUGCUGGUGUCCCCAUCACGUGACACAUUAAAGAAGCCUGAGGAUAAGAAGCAGUUGGGCGAUUUCUUCGGGAUGUCAAACAGCUACGCUGAGUGCUACCCUGCCACCAUGGACGACAUGGCUGUGGACAGUGAUGAAGAGGUGGACUACAGCAAAAUGGAUCAGGGUAACAAGAAGGGGCCUCUGGGCCGCUGGGACUUUGACACGCAGGAGGAGUACAGCGAGUACAUGAACAACAAAGAGGCUCUGCCCAAAGCGGCUUUCCAGUACGGAAUCAAGAUGUCAGAGGGCCGUAAAACACGCCGUUUCAAGGAGACCAAUGACAAAGCCGAGCUGGACCGGCAGUGGAAGAAGAUCAGUGCGAUCAUUGAGAAAAGGAAGAAGUUGGAGGCUGAUGGCUGGCCUCAUGUGUCUCUGGUUUCAGGGUGGAGGUGAAGAGACCGAAGUACUGACGUCCCAGCCAAGUUCCUGCGUCUCAUCCUUGGAGCCCCUGGGGCUUUGAUUUCUGGACACUUCGUUUCUAUUACAAUUCUGCAGUUCUGAUUCCUGUCGCAGGCUCUGGCACAAAGCUGCUCUGCUCUCAGGAAAGAACAGGGCUUGUGGCAUGAGGGGGGGGUACAUAUGCACUUUGGGGGGAGCUGUCCUCUGUCUGGAGGAGCCUGGGGCCCUGGACUGCUGGAGGCUGUGCAUCUAGACUGUGCCCCUUCUUCCAGAGUCUGUGCUGCUGCGUCAUGUGAUUUGUAAUCCUUGUCGAUGCAAUAAAAUUGCGCUAACUCUG